CAGCACCCUUCAUCACCCUCUCCUUCCACCACAUCCAAACACUUCCACCCAAAUCUCCAUGGAUCGUAGUACCGUUUCUCCUAUCAUAACUCAACAUGCCCAUGAACACACCGCAAAAGUCUCCGCUGCCCCGACAAAAUCCUUCAAGGGUGCCUGGACUUCUGCCAUUUUCAUUAUCUUUGUGGAGGUGGCAGAGAGAUUUGCCUUCUAUGGUUUGUCUGGAAACCUCAUAACAUAUCUCACAAACGAUCUCCAUGAGUCCACAGCCGAUGCAGCAAAGAACAUCAACACCUGGAUUGGCGUCUCCUCCAUCUUCCCUAUAGUCGGAGCAUUUCUAGCCGAUUCCUUUCUUGGCCGGUUCAAGACCAUUCUUCUAUCCACAAUGAUAUAUCUCACAGGCUUGGUUCUGCUGACUUUAACAGUCUCAGUAAUCCCUAUGAAUCACCGUAAAUCGGUGUUCUUUCUUGCUCUUUAUGUACUAGCUAUUGGUGAAGGUGGACAUAAGCCAUGUGUACAGACCUUCGCGGCAGAUCAGUUCGAUGAGCAGAAGCCGGAGGAGAAAUCUGCUAAGAGCUCAUUCUUCAACUGGUGGUACUUGGCCAUAGUUGUUAGUGCUACCUCAGCAGUCUUGUUGGUCAUUUACGUCCAGGAUAACGUUGGAUGGACAGAAGGAUUUGGGAUAUUGGCAGGAGCAGUAGCAGUGGCGUUGGUUAUAUUCUUGGCAGGAAUGAAGAAAUACAGGAAAGAGGCACCUGUUGGGAGCCCAUACACAGCACUGGUGCAAGUGCUGAUAGCGGCAGCAAGGAAGCGGCGCGUGAAUGAGACGCUGGAGGGAUGGGGUAUUUGUUAUGAAGAUGAUGAUAAAGAUGGGGCUGACCUCGAGGUCGUGGGUCAACCUAGGGCUCGGACAUUGGCCCGCACUGAACAAUUCAGGUUAUUGGACAAGGCAAUGAUAAUUGACAACAUGGAUGCCUCAAGCAAUACCAGAAAUCCAUGGAGGCUCUGCACCCUAAACCAAGUGGAAGAAGUGAAGUUAGUCCUUCGCCUUAUCCCCAUUUGGCUAAGUUGCUUGAUGUUCACAGCCGUUGUAGUUCAAACCCACACAUUUUUCACCAAGCAAGGCAGCACAAUGAUCAGAUCAAUCGGACCAAACUUCCAGUUUCCUCCAGCAUCGCUUCAAUCCCUCAUAGGCAUCACCAUCCUCGUAGCUGUCCCGCUUUACGACCGAGUUUUCGUCCCCAUGGCCAGAAAAAUUACAGGACACCCUUCUGGGAUAACCAUGCUUCAAAGAAUCGGCAUUGGCUUGUUCCUCUCCAUUCUUCAAAUGGCAGUGUCAGCUCUAGUAGAGGCUAAAAGAGUCAGCACUGCAAGAGACCAUGGCCUUAUGGACAACCCAAAAGCAAUAGUACCAAUGUCCGUGUGGUGGUUGCUCCCGCAAUACAUGUUGAGUGGACUAGCAGAUUUGUUUACAGUGGUUGGGUUACAAGAACUGUUCUAUGAUCAAAUGCCGGAAGCCAUGAGAAGCAUGGGAGCAGCUGCAUAUCUAAGUAUACUAGGAAUUGGGAGCUUCAUAAAUACUGCUGCUAUAUCUGCAGUGCAGGCUAUUACCUCCAAGUAUGGAAGUGUUUGGCUUGAAGAUAAUCUGAAUCGUGCCCAUCUUGAUUACUUCUACUGGGUGUUGGCAGUAAUGAGUGCUUUAAAUUUGUGUGUUUAUAUAUGGGUUGCUAAAGGUUUUGUGUACAAGAAAGUUGAAGGUGAAGAAACAGAGAAAGAGGAGAGAAGUGACGAGCCUUGAGCAUUUGGAUGUGAAGAUUUGAGACUCUUAUCUCUUUAUAUAAAUAUAAAGAAUCAAGCUGGUAAAAUAGUGUUUUGUACUUGGAAUUUGAUAGUCUAAUCUUAGAUUCUAGAUUAUGCAAUCAAGAUAAGGACAACUGAUUAGAAACAUCAUUCAAAAGUAUGUCAGAGAUGAAAGAGGGAGCUGAAUAUCAAACUCUUACAAAUUUCAUA